AGGCGUUUCUUAUGUCUGGGGACCUCGCGCUCACGCCACCGUUGUCCAGAUGGGCGAAACCAAGCUUCGAAUUACCGAUUCCCUCCGAACUGCACUACUGCAUCUACGCCUCGCAGACCGCACUCGCACUCUUUGGGUCGACCAGAUUUGUAUCAAUCAAGAUAAUGUGGACGAGAGGGGUCACCAAGUAACACAAAUGGGGCGGGUGUAUCGACAGGCGCAGAUCGACCUAGUGUGGCUAGGAGAGGAAGACAAAUAUAGCCCCAUUGCGUUUCGAUGGGUCAAACAAACGCAUGCCGCGUUAUUAGCCGCGAAAAGACGUCCAAAGUCCACGGGUCAACAUGUAUCUCCAAACUCGCCACGGAUUGGGGAUUCAACAGAAGAGGAACUGGAGGCACUGCGCGAAACAUUCCUCAUUCGCUCGAUCUGGUCCCGAGUAUGGAUUGUCCAAGAAAUUGUGCUCUCACGGGAUGUCAUUUUGAUCUGUGGAGCGGAUUCGCUUCUGUGGCCCCACUUGGAGCUUGUCAUGCGCAAUCUCAACGACACUGUAUCCGAAAGCCAAGAUGCGGGAUAUGAGGUUCCCCAGUUGGACCUAUUUCUCACGUGCUAUCAGCCGAUGGCUCUAGCUGGCUGGCGCACUCAGGUUCGGUAUCCACCUCGGCCGCCGCUACAGAAGCUGCUCUUUUCAUUCGAUUCAUGGAACGCGACAGAUAAGAGAGAUAAGGUCUACGCCCUUCUCGGAUUGGCUGAAGACAUCGGGCUCGUACCCGACUACACGAAGCCUACCCAGCAAGUGUUUCUCGAGACUGUAGCGUCCAUCCUGGCCUGUACUGGGAACCUCAACUUUAUCUGCCAGGACUCAAUUGACGACCCGAGCAAAAUGGCGCCCUUGCAGCCAUCGUGGAUCCCCUGCUUAAACAGCGACUCUUUUACCCUCGAUCAUAUGGCCCGCCCUCCACGUUACAAAGCUGGUGUAUCGCCUGUUUUCGGGAAAGAGUCCUUCACUGUGAACGAUAAUAUCUUGGUUGCGAAUGGAUAUCAUGUUGAUUGCAUCAACUCCGUCGAUGACUCUCUCGACGACGAGUCGUGGCCGCGCUUGGAAUGGCACUUGCAGCUCCUUCGUUCGAUACCGGCCUCGUUCAUCGCGGAGGAGGGAUUUGAAGAUGACACUACUCGAUGUGACAUCAUAUGGCGCACCCUUCUUCAAGACACAAAUGUUUUCGAAAGCCGUGUCAGCGCUAACGAAGCAUCCGAAUACAGACAGCGAUUCCUCGCGUGGUACCGCGCGCUGCGUUCAAAUCGCAAGCCUGCCCACUCGGACUUUCUAACUGCCCUAGAAACAAGAAGUAAAUGGCGGAGACUGGCUCUGGCAGAGAAACAUCAAUUGGUAGUCUCUGUGGGCGUAUGGGCAAGAGCCGGCGACGAGAUAUGUGUACUGCAAACGGGGUCAGUGCCAGUUGUUGUAAGAAAGAUGGAAGGUGAUGGGACGAGGUAUUGCUUGGUGGGAACGGCGUAUGUGCAUGGAUUGAUGGAUGGAGAGGCGAUGCAGGAUGAGGAUACGUAUCCUCGGCGGGUGUAUAAUAUCAUUUAGUCUCAAGGAGCACAUUGG